CGGCAACACUGAAGUCGGAAGUCAGAGAUUUCCGAGUUCCCAGUUCCCAGUUGUUUUGAACAUGGCAUAAAAAUUCUUCAUCCUUGCCAACCACCAUAUAAAAUCCACAGAAGAAGAAGAUUCUUCAUCCUUUGACCACAAUUUGUCAGUGGAUGACUUGACUCGCAACUAUUGGUCGUUGCGUCUCCUCGCCUAGCUGUGGAACGAGCCCCUAAAUUCCAUGUUUUAUUUUGAGCUUCUUAUUUUUAGUUGAGAAAUAUUGAAUAGACUAUGAGAGGUCAGGUUUAUUCUGUAUGAGGAGCAUCAAAUCUGUCACUGAAUGAUUUUGUAAAUUCAGGACUAUAUACUGCCAAGCCAUCAAAAGCAAACAAUAAUGUGGCCGCAACGAGGUUUAGAAAUAUUGUGGUGUUCCUUUAAUAAAUUAACGGUGCAUUGUGGGAUGCAAAAUGGCUCCAUCGUGUUGUCAGCAAACUAGGCAACCAGCUAACUCUUACAGCCAUAACGUUACAUUUACAAACAAGUACCGUCGAUGAAGCAUUGCUAAUGAUUGCUGAAUAAUAGUAUAGAGAAUAUAGCUUUGAGAAUCAGCAACUUUUAUUGCAUUCACCUCUUUUUGUCGAGACAACAGCCACCAUGUCUAGCAAAGUAGACAAAGUGAGAAGUGAGUCCAGCACAAGAAGAGAUGACAGAAGAAGUACUGAGUCCGCCACAAGAAGAGAUGACAUGAGAAGAACUGAGACCACCACAAGAAGAGAUGACAGAAGAAGUACUGAGAGAGCCUCAAGAAGAGAUGACAGAAGAAGUACUGAGACCGCCAUAAGAAGAGAUGACAGAAGAAGUACUGAGACUGCCACAAGAAGAGAUGACAGAAGAAGUACUGAGACCGCCAUAAGAAGAGAUGACAGAAGAAGUACUGAGACUGCCACAAGAAGAGAUGACAGAAGAAGUACUGAGCCUGCCAUAAGAAGAGAUGACAGAAGAAGUACUGAGACCGCCAUAAGAAGAGAUGACAGAAGAAGAACAACAAGUACAGGGAAAGAAAAAAUUAAAAGGAAAAGCCGCAGUAGAUCGGCAUCUUCCUCCUCAUCCAGCUCAUCCUCGUCAUCCGGAUCCUCUUCAUCAUCCUCAUCCCGCUCCUCGUCUGGCAGUAGUAGUUCGAGCAGCAGUGAUUCCCACAGCAAGUCCAGAAAGAAUUCUAAGAAAAGGAAAAAGGAAAAACAACUCAAAAAGAAAGUGAAAAAGGAGAAGAAGCUUAAACGGAAGAAGGACAAGAAAAUGAAGACUGAGGAGGAAAGCGCUGGACCUGGACCUAUUCAGAUCUCCAAGUAUUUAAAAGAGAGAAAGAGAAAAAGCAAGUUCAGCAUGAUCUCAGGAAAGAAGAUCAAAAUGAAAUUGAAGAAGUCAAAGAAAGACAAGCUGAGAGACAAGAAUCGCGCUGAACUGCUUGAGUUCCUCAACUCUACGUUGUAAUGCAUGGACGGUCACCGUUAGUUACGUUCCAGAAUCUUCCACUUUUUUCCAGAACAGAACUCAGGGAAAGAUACCCCAUGUGAUAAAGCUCUGAAAGAAGAUCCAUUUUAAGGGUUGUUAUUAUCACAGCAAGAGAUUGGGGAUAUGGCCCAGGUUGUCUGAAAAUGGCAGCAAAAGCCAUGUCUCGGAAUUUCAGACAUGCAUCUCUUGUAUAAAAAAAAAAAUGUGCUGUGACUUGGUUGUCGGCGCCUUUCUGCAGACUAUUUGUAACUGAUGUCUGUGUUUGAUUUUUAGAACUGUAAUUUUUACUAUAAUAUCAAAGGAGCCAGUCGCUGACUUUUUGUCUGUAUGUUUGCUAAACAAGGUGUUGCUAAGCAAGAUAGUGUUGCUGUAGUGGAAUUUACGGUGUCAUCAGCAAAGAUCUUGGUGAUGAACAACCUACCCAGUUCAAAUUGUAUUUGAUUUCUUUGGGAUUGAUUAAAGGGGCAAUCUGCUGUUGCUAAACAAUUUUUAGAUUUAAAUAAAUGAUAUACCCAUUUAUUCUUGAAGAAUAUAACUAAUGAGCUUAGCCCGACUGUUGUACUCCAUCAGGACCCAAAAUAUAAGCUUGUUUUACUCCUUUUUUUGUAAACAAGGUACAUUUAAACAAACACUAUAGCCUUAAAACAUGGUUAAAACUAUAAUUUUAAUGUCAUGGAUGGUCAGUCCUUUUAUCCAUAGCUCUGUCCAUGAGUUUAAGAGUGAUCAUAUUCCUAUAGCUGAGCUAUGUACCAAAUCAGUGGCGGGGUAUCUGCUUUGUUAUUGUUUCAAACUGCAGAUUGCCUCUUUAAGCUUGUUUGGCACAAUGGAACCAAAGGAAAAGUGCCAACUCUGUCCAUUUUUCACUCCAGGCAGGCUCAAAUGCUCUAAAAGUAGUUGAAAGCAAAUACUAUUUGAACCCAGAUGUGAAGAACAAAGAGAUUUGUGUAAGCUUUAUUGUAGUGUAAUCUGUCAAAUAAAACACCAGUCUGGCAUUG